CAUUUUUGACAUUGUCUCAUUGUCACCAAAAUUUUAGUGUCUAGCAAAAUGAAUUAGCAUAAUGCCAUUUCAUACAAUUCGAAAUUCAUAAUGAGUAGACAUGGAACGAAACCUAAGAAACCUCAAAAAUUGAUAAUCCCAAAGGGUACAAUCGAUUUCAAUGAUACAGCUAUUAUAGAAAUUCCACCAGAAUAUAGAAACCAGGAUGUUGUUAUUGCUAAGAAGUCGGCAGCGUCUGUCCAUUCUCGGUCCAGACUUUCGGAGGAUCCUGGAAUUGGAUCUAGAUAUUGUCAGAGAUCGAAUUAUUCCUCCCAGACUUAUGAUCCCUGGUACAACGAACGAAUGGCCGAAUCUUCUUGCCAAACGGCAUUGGACGAAACAGAUAUUGAAAGGUUAAUGGAGGACUUAGAAGCUUAUUACCAAGCUCAGAAAAAAUUUCUUAUAAAAUCUUCAUCGUUAUUUAGAAAAAAGGCAGAACAUAAACAAACACCUGCCCUCUGUGAUUGCCCGCAACAACAAGGAUGUUCCGGUACUUCGCCAUCGGGUUGCACUUCAGUUAUUGUGUUAAAAAACAAGUGUUUUGAAACCGAGGAUUCUUAUGCCAGUAUGAACAGAGCUCCUUGUGGAAAUAGAGCACGAGAUGCUUGUAGUGGUACAAUGGUAAAUGUAAGUCAUCAGUACGAUGCAGAUUUAAGUAUGUCUAGAAAUGCUCCACCAGCUUCCCAUGCCAGCCACCCUUUUAGUUUUUUCUCUUACGGUGGUCCUGCCCAAGAUUCAUUUCGCGCUCAUAAUGUAACUGUUCCACAAGAUGCUACACGGCAUGAUCUCAGUUAUGAUCUGUUUAGAGAAGAAGCAGGGAGAAGUUUUGAUCCGUCCAAAAGUGGUCCAACUACAAGUUCACAUACACGCUUCGACACCACGAUUCCUGCAAAACCAAUUCUGCGGAGAUCUAACGGAAACACUACCGGAGUUGCCGAUAUGAGUACAGGAAAUAUAUCUUUUGGACACAUGGAUGCCAGCACCUCCAGAGAUCAUCAAAGUUUUCAAAAGCCUUCGUCGACAUUUCCAAUGCUCAUGACAGAUGACGAUAUUAAAGCUCUAAGAAAUGAGUCCGAAACUACCAGGAAGCAUUUAGAUGACAUGUCCGAUCAAUGUGAAGCUAUUAACUGUCCUACUAAGAACCAGUAUCAGAAAGUUUCUCCAUCAGCUUUAAUAUCAUCAUUGACAGCAGAUAACGAUGCUAAUGCUAUAAGAAAUGAGUCCAAAGCUGCCAGGAAGCAUUUAAAUGACAUAUACGACCAAUGUGAAGCUAUUAACUGUCCUGUUAAAAGCCAGGAUUCGAGUUUUUCUCCAUCUGCUUUAAUAUCGUCAUCGACAGCAAAUGAGGAUAUUAAAGCUAUAAGAAAUGAGUACCAAAUUGCCAAGAAACAUUUAUAUGACAUAAACGAUAAUUGUGAAGCUAUUAGCUGUCCUAGUAAAAGCCAGGAUCAGAAAUUUUCUCCAUCAGCUUUAAUAUCGACAUCGACAGCAUAUGACGAUAUUAAAGCUCUAAGAAAUCAGUUAAAAACUGCCAGGACACAUUUAGGUGACAUAUCCGAUCCUUAUGACGAUAUUAAAUGCCCUACUAAGAACCAGAAUCAGACAUUUUCUCCAUCAGCUUUAAUAUCGACACCGACAACACAUGACGAUAUUAAAGCUCUAAUAAAUAAGCCCGUAAUUGCCAGGAAGCAUUUAGUUGACAUAUCCGAUCAAUGUGAAGAUAUUAACUGUCCUGCUAAGAAUCAAGAUCAAACAUUUUUGCCAUCAGCUUUAAUAUCGUCAUCGACAGCAAAUGGCGAUAUUAAAGCUCUAAGAAAUGAGACCGAAACUACCAGGAAUCAUCUAGAUGACAUAUACAAUCAAUGUGAAGCUAUUAAAUGUCCUGCUAAAAAUCAGGAUAAGAAAUUUUCACCAUCAGCUUUAAUAUCGUCAUCGACAGCAGAUGAGGAUAUUAAAGCUCUAAGAAAUGAGUACCAAAUUACCAAGAAACAUUUAUAUGACAUAAACGAUCAAUGUGAAGCUAUUAACUGUCCUAGUAAAAGCCAGGAUCAGAAAUUUUCUCCAUCAGCUUUAAUAUCGACAUCGACAGCAUAUGACGAUAUUAAAGCUCUAAAAAAUGAGUCCAAAACUGCCAGGACACAUUUAGGUGACAUAUCCGAUCCUUGUGAUGAUAUUAAACGCCCUACUAAGAACCAGAAUCAGACAUUUUCUCCAUCAGCUUUAAUAUCGACAUCGACAGCAUAUGACGAUAUUAAAGCUCUAAGAAAUAAGCCCGUAAUUGCCAGCAAGCAUUUAGUUGAGAUAUCCGAUCAAUGUGAAGCUAUUAACUGUCCUGCUACGAAUCAAGAUCAAACAUUUUUGCCAUCAGCUUUAAUAUCGUCAUCGACAGCAAAUGACGAUAUUAAAGCUCUAAGAAAUGAGACCGAAACUACCAGGAAUCAUCUAGAUGACAUAUACAAUCAAUGUGAAGCUAUUAAAUGUCCUGCUAAAAAUCAGGAUCAGAAAUUUUUACCAUCAGCUUUAAUAUCGUCAUCGUCACCAAAUGACGAUAUUAAAUCUCUUAGAAAUGAAUACCAAAUUGCCAGGAAACAUUUAGAUGACAUAUCCAAUCAAUGUAAGGAUAUUAACUGUCCUACUAAGAACCAGGAUCAGAAAUUUUUGCCAUCAGUUUUAAUAUCAUCAACAGCAAAUGACGAUAUGAAAGCUCUAAGAAAUGAGUACGAAACUACCAGGAAGCAAUUAGAUGACAUAUCCGAUCAAUGUGACUAUAUUAACUGUCCUACUAAGAAUCAAGAUCAGGAAUUUUUACCAUCAACUUUAAUAUCGUCAUCGAUAGCAAAUGACGAUAUUAAAGCUCUAAGAAAUGAGUCUGAAAUUACCAGGAAGCAUUUAGAAGACAUAUACGAUCAAUGUAAAGCUAUUAACUGUCCUUCUAAGAACCAGAAUGAGAAAUUUUCGUCUUCAGCUUUGUCAUCUACAGAUACUGAUAUUAAGGCUCUAAGAAAUGAGCCCAGAACUGCCAAGAAAAAUUUAAAGGACAUACUUCAUCAAUGUGACGAUGAUAUUAACUGUCCUGCUACUAAGUUCCAGCAUCAGAAAUGAGAAUAAAACUAUCCGAAGAUUUAACUAUAUUUUCACAUGUUUUAUACCUUGUAAAUGAAUGAUUAUAAACAUAUUCAA